AUGUUGAAUUUCUAUAUUUUGAACUUCAUACUGCUAUCAAUGUCAAUGAAUAUAGUUAUGCCAUUUGUCAUCGACAAUUCCACUAACUCUACUGUUGUUGAAACUAGUGGACAGCAAGAUUCUCAUUCGUUGUAUUAUGAUUACGAUGCGAACAAGAUCAAUGGUCAUCCUAUAAGAGGUGUCAAUAUAGGUGGGUGGUUGUUACUAGAACCCUAUAUUACUCCAUCACUAUUCGAAGCAUUUAGGACUAAUCCAAAUAAUGACAACGGUAUUCCUGUUGAUGAGUAUCAUUUCUGUCAGUAUUUAGGGUUUGAUGAGGCUAAGAAAAGGCUAGAACGGCAUUGGUCGACGUUUUAUCAGGAGAGUGAUUUUGCUAAUAUAGCAUCAAACGGGUUCAAUUUGGUAAGAAUCCCAAUAGGUUACUGGGCAUUUAGCAAAUUGGACACGGAUCCAUAUAUCACAGGUAUUCAAGAAUCUUAUCUUGAUAACGCAAUCCAAUGGGCUAAGAAGUAUAAUUUAAAAGUUUGGAUCGACUUACAUGGUGCGGCAGGAUCUCAAAAUGGAUUUGAUAACUCUGGUUUGAGAGAUGCAUAUAAUUUCUUGGAUGACUCGAAUUUAAGUGUCACAAGGAAAGCACUAAACUAUAUUAUGUCUAAAUAUUCGCAAGAUGAAUAUUUAUCGACCGUGAUUGGGAUUGAAUUAUUAAAUGAGCCACUGGGUCCUGUCAUAGAUAUGAAUAAAUUGAAAAAUAAUUUUUUGAUGCCAUCAUAUAACUAUGUGAGAUAUGAACUUUCCACGAACCAAGUGAUUAUUAUUCACGAUUCAUUUCAAGCAUAUCAUUAUUGGGACAAUUUUAUGACAGUUGAACAAGGAUUUUGGGGGGUAGUAGUAGACCAUCACCAUUAUCAAGUGUUCUCGCCAGGUGAACUCUCUAGACCUUUGGACGUAAAGAUCAAGACGGCUUGUGGGUUAGGUUAUUCUAUGAAAAACGAAUACCACUGGACUAUAAUGGGUGAAUUCUCAGGAGCAUUAACAGAUUGUACGAAAUGGCUGAAUGGUGUAGGAAGGGGUGCAAGAUAUGACGGUAGUUUCUUUGUAGACAAUCCUCAACUUCAUCGAUUGGGAAGUUGUGCGAACAACGAUGAUAUAUCUCAUUGGUCUAAGCAUCGUAAAGAAAACACAAGAAAAUUCAUAGAAGCUCAAUUAGAUGCAUUUGAAAUGAGAGAUGGAUGGAUUUUCUGGUGCUACAAAACUGAAGAUAGCAUCGAAUGGGAUGCUGGCAAGUUAAUCAAGUAUGGAAUUUUCCCGCAACCACUGACUAGCCGUAAAUAUCCAGAUCAAUGUAAUAUUAUGUAA